UUUUUUAGGCAACAUGAGCAAGGCUUGCCAAAUAAUGUCAAUUCAUUUUUAGAUUUAUUACGCGAUUUUCUGAGAUUAUAAAUAAUCUGUUUCCCGUGCAGUUUUUUGAGGCUAGGAUCGUCACCAGUAGUAAGCAACAUCCGUGUCCAUAUAUAUACAAUGGAAAUACAUAUAAAUGCGAGAAUCGGUGCUCGUCGGUUAUUGAAAGUGAAUGCAGGAGGGGCGCAAACUGUUGCGCCUAUUGAUGAUACAGCUACUGCCUACUGUGCUGCCUCACAGCGCUCACAGCUAUCACGACGACGGCGGCGGCCGGCGGCUAGUCUCGAUGGUCUCGAGCGUAACAAGCGACACAAGCGUAGUUACCAAUUCAACCGCACGCGUCGCGCGAUUCGGCAACAGCGGCAGCGGCGGUAGGCGGUAGGGUAGUCGGCCAGGUCGGCCGCUCCUCCGCCGGACCACCUCCCUUUCUAUUUCUAAAGCCGUCGUCGUCGUCGUCGUCGUCGUCGUCGCCGCCGCCGCCGCCGUCAUCGUCAUCGUCAUCGUUAUCGUCAUCGUCAUCUUUCGUCGGAUAUCUCAAAUCUUGGAUCGGUCGGUGUCAGUCGCGCUCGGGAAUUAUCGUUGAAAGCGUCGAAAAGAGAAUGCGGUCGCGCGAUUUAGGUGCUUCGUCUCGCGCAGCACAACUGGCACAACAGCGCUAUUACCACGGGUAGCUGCGGAGCGGGUGCGAGCGCACUAUAUUCGUAAAAAGGAUUAACAAAAAAAAAAGAGAACGGUUCGAGCGCGUGGAAAUUCGUGAAUUCUUGCGAUUGAAUAUCAAAGCUGUCGGAUGAAAUAUCCUCGUUUGUAAAUAAUAAUGCUGCGGAGUGCGACGAAAUGGGUAAUUUAUCGACAGUGAUGAGUUUGGGUGUUGCAUUGAUGCCUUAUCUCGUGGAUUAUUCGUCGGCCCAACAGCAGGAAGUUGUCAGAGAAUGCGUGGAAAAGGAGGGAGGUUGUUUGAGAUGCAGAGGAGAAUAUUGCGCGAGAUGCGCGAUUCUUCUUCAUCGGGGUAGAUGCGUCGAAUCAUGCCCUUCCGGUCACACCGCCGAUUGGUCAACGAGGGACGAAUAUAUGGGCCGUAUCUGCAGAGAAACCGGCUACAUGUUCGGUUUUACCGGAAGUCAAGUCGCGAUUCUCGUUGGUAUUGUUUCCGGCGCGACCAUAUGUAUUUUUAUUAUCAUUUGCGGGGCUGUCGUCGUACAUCAGCGUAAGAAAAAAGCGGCCAAGCUGCUUCGCCAAUUCGAGGACAGCGCCGAAAGACGAGAAUUUCUCAAACAUCUUGGAACACUGCGCGGCGAGGCCCACACGUUUCUCGCGAUGCUCAACGACACGAGGAGACAAGUACGAGAAUUGUAUUUCUCUGGUAACAACGGUGACGGUCCCGUUGGUAUACAAGCCUAUAGACCCGUGCUCCGUGAUUUGGCUCGAAUAUUGCUUCUCGUUAAUAAAAAGGAGCAAGACGUAUCUUUCCCACCGGAAGAUUGGCAGAGACUCCUCGCAUGGGCCGAACGUCUUUUGCGAAGAUAUAAAAAGCAUACAUCUCCGGAAGUUGCCCAAUUGGUUACGUUCCUUCAGCAAUCAACGAGCAAUGCGACUCAGUUGGUGCAGCACCAACAGACGGAUAAACCAAUCGCGAUAACGCAACCGUUCGAGAUGCGUUCGACACCAACGAAUCUUACAACGUUCCAGGCUAAUGCACCGCUAACGACUUUUCAAGCUAGCGAUAAAUCCAGCACGAGCCGGACGAGUUCGAGCCUCGGCUAUACCAAGGAGAACGCCAGUCCGAUAGCUUCCAGUCUCGGACAAAAUAGUUUUAGCAUUUAUAACGAGAAACUGAGCCCGUCGGGCUCGACGAUCGGACAAACGACACCGCUCGUUUAUCCCACUCCAAAAAUACACGAUCAUCAUCAUCAUCAUCAUCAUCAUCAUCAUCAUCACCAUUCCCAUCAUCAUCUGCUGCUUCAGCAUCAUCAUCACCAUCAUCUUGAUCAACCGAUCGAAUCUCAUUUUCAACAAUUGGCUAUCUCGGCGUUUAAUCACAAUUACGACAAUGGUACGACGAGCGGGGAGGAGGCGAACGUCGGUACGAGCGAAGCUCCUUCGACCGUUCUCGACACCGAUCUCAAUCCUCAGUGGCAAUUUCGUAGCUCCAUCGACGAGGCGGCCAGUUAUACGAUACUCAACGACUGGACUUCUACUCCUCCUCCUCCUCCUCCUCCUCCUCCUCCUCCUCCUCCUCCCGAGCAAAACUGCCUAAUCGAUGAUUUUACCAUUUUGGGAUUUCGACCCCAGGACGAAAUAACUACCGAACUGUAAAUAUCCUGUGUUCCCGCGUUAUAUGCGCCCGAUUUCGACCUUUCGAUCCCGAAUUACGAUGCCAAACUAUACUUUUCUUUCUCCGCGUCCUUGGACGCUCUUACCCUUUUUUAUCCUCCCUCCCUAUAUACAUCGAAUGCACUAGUCAGCAUUCUUACUCAUUCCUCGAUCCGAUGAAAAACAAAAGCCCAUUCGUGCCUUUCUCACGGCCUAUCCUCCAGUUUCUCUUUCGCCUUUUCUUUUUUCCCUCUCUCUCUCCACCUCCCUAUUAUUAUCAUUAUUCAUAUUUAUCUUUUAUAUAUAUAUAUAUAUAUAUAUAAUUAGGAUGCUUAAAGAAAAAAAUCGAUUUUUUUUCUCGUGGCCCGAGAAGGGAUCUUAGUACAUGUAAAAAAGUGAAUUUUUUCUUAUUUUGUUUCUGUUUUUUCCUUGUUUUGAGGAAAAUCAUGAUGAAAAAAUUCUAAAAAUGUCAUGAAACGUUAUGCAAACAUAACGUAAAAGAAUUCUCCCACCAAAUUUUUUUUUUGAAAAUUGAAUUGUUCUUUUUUUUUUUUUUUUUUUCAAUCAGUAAAUUGACCCGUCACCUCAGGAUCCAUGAAAUAGUUAUUAUCGUUGAAAAUAUAGAUACUUCCAACAUGUGUGAUAUUUAUACAAUUUUAUCUCGUUUACAAUAAUUUUAUGGUGCUCUUGUAAAAGAACGUGGGGAAAAAGAACACCGAAAUUUUUUUUUUUUUUUUUUUUUUUUUUUUUCAUUUUUUAGAUUUUGAAGCGUGAUCUCAGCCGAAUAGCAAAAUUAUGCAGAUUUACGAUGGAAAAACAUGUUCUAAAUUUCAUGACUUUUUUAAAAUUAUUCCAUGAUGAUUUUCCUCAAAAUAGGAAAAAAAAAAACAUAGAAAAGUCGUUUGAGACCGCUGAAUAUUGAUGCGUUUCGAUAUUCGGGAGAUGGUCAAUUCCCAAAUAUCGGAACUUGGAAUUUUUUAGAUCCUCUUCUCUCACGUAGGAGAGGCGGAUUUUUGCCAGGAGCGGGUAAAGCCUUCCGAUUUCCCCAUCUUGCAAUACGAGAAGCUUGGCUCGAACUCGACCUUCAAGAACGGAUACUUUCGUCCGGUAUAGGAGCAUCUCGUGUGCUCUAGAUUGCUUUCUCGCUACGCAAUCGGGCUUAGCCUCGCUAAAGCGUACUGCGAGAAGCAAUCUUCUCGUUAUCGAGGAAUGAUAGGCUCCAUUAUAACUUUGUUUUAGUACAAUUUUGGUAGGAAUUUUGGGAAAGUCACUUUUUUACGUGUACUAAAACCCUCUUCGGCCCACGAAAAAAAAAAUCGAUUUUUUUUUUAACCAUCCUAAUAUAUUAUUAUGUUUUAUGUUGUUUACACUAAAUCAAUUACGAUCGGAAAGACGUUUGUACAGAUACGUGUAAAUAAUGCUUGUGCAAAAACGAUUAAUCACUCACGAGUGACUACCGAGAGAAUAGCGAUAUAUUAUAUACAAUAUACACACAUGCAUACCUAUGCAUAGACGUCUAGAAACGCCUGGCAGCGUCUUGACACCAAGUAUUAAAGAGAGACAAUUAAAAAAAUUUAAAAAAACAAACAAACAAAACAAAACAAACGGAUCGCCAUGGAUAUAUUGGCUCGUUGUACCAUAUUCUAUCCUAUUUUGUUGGUUUUAAGGUGAUCCAUCGGUUGCGCUAGUGCGAAAGAGACAACUGCAAAUUCGUUUUACCGUUUAUUAGCUCGGGCAUCCUUGAUUUUCCAAGAUAAAUAAAAAUUAGGCCUUUUCAGCCAUUCACUGAUAAAAUGAGAAUACCGUAUAACUCGUAUUUUAUUUCAAUAAAUAUCAAAUUACGUGGAAUAAACCAUGCAACAAGAUUUUUAUCUGUUCAACGACCGAUAGAUCACCUUAAUAGAGAAAUAAAAGUGUGCAUAUGUAAUAUGCGUGGAAUUUUAUUUUCCCAUCGCGCACACAUUUUUUCGUGCAAUCGGUCCUGAUUUAAUUGGUUUUUUCUCGCCGUCGGUCAACGAUCCUACGAGAUUCCUCAAACGACCCCCCGCCCGAUCCCGCCAUAUAUAAUGGCUCGAUACAAAUUUUCGUAUAUAAUAUAUAUAUAUAUAUUUAUAUGAGUUACAAAAUAUUUUUGGAACAUAUCCCGUUGAGCGUCGUUGUUGCCGCGAUCUAUUGGCAUCAUAAUAUGUAAUAUUCGCUCUACAAAUAAAUAAAAGUUCAUUCCAGCUGUGAUACAUAA